CCCGAAUCCGCCGACCGCGCCGCACCCGCGACGCGCAGCGCACGUGGCACACCUCGCUGCGGAGACCAUGUUUCUGCACGAGGUGCCCGCUGAACUGCAGGCCGAGAAGGAGAACUUCUUCGAGCGGCAAGCGACCAAUCUCUCGGCCAGCACCGACCACGAAAAGGAGCUUCGGCCUCCGGGAUGGUUAAGCCUCUGGAGUUUGGACCGGGUGGCCAAUUUCCGGGACGCCGCCGGCCCUGACCCGCUAUCGCCCUAUCGUUGCAAGGGAGGCUGCAUCAAGCAAGGCCUCCUGUACCGUACAGGCCAUUGGGUGACGGCCACGGCCGGCGAUUUGACCGUGCUGCGGGAUCACUUGCAGAUUAAGACCUACCUGGACCUCCGAACCGGACAGGACUUCGAGAGCGUGGAUGCGGAGUGCUUCGAUGACUUUCCACCUUCACCCGCGGGGCGGCACAAUGCCAACUGGCCUCGAGAUCCUGGCGAGCGGCGCCGGGUGAGCUGCCCUUUUUCCAAGGGACUGGCUUUCGAGGACGAGAGACCUGGGAAUAACUCCAAUCACCUGACCUGAUGGGUCCCAAACAAGGAGUCUGAGGAGCAGGCUAGCC